AUGGACUUUCUACAGCGCCUGUCGCAGUUCCUCGACCGCCCGCUGUUCCCAUGGAAGAGGCUCGUCCUGGGCUUCUCCCUAGGCCAGUUCGUCUUCGAAUCCUUCCUCACCUUCCGCCAGUACCGUGUCCUCCAGUCGCCCAAGCCCCCCGCCGUCCUCGCCAAGGAAGUCUCCCGCGAAGACUUUGACAAGUCGCAAGCCUACGGUCGCGCCAAAGCUGAAUUCUCCGUCGCCAGCGGCCUCUGGGGCCAAAUCGUCAACUUCGCCUUUAUCCAACUCGAUGUCAUGCCAAAACUGUGGUCCUGGACCGGCGACCUGCUGCUGAAAUGGGCGCCCGCGCGCUUCACCGGCGAAAUCUCCCACUCCAUCGUCUUCGUCUUCACCUUUAUGCUCAUCCAGCAGGCUCUCGGUUUGCCGACUAAGAUCUACAGCACUUUUGUCCUGGAAGAAAAGUUUGGCUUCAACAAGCAGACGCCCGGCCUGUUCGUCUCCGAUAUCGUCAAGACCAACCUCCUGACUGCCGUCCUGAUGCCCCCCGUCCUCGCUGGUUUCCUCAAGAUCAUCCAAAAGACUGGCAACCAGUUCGUCUUUUACACUUGGGUUUUCACCGCCACCGUUCAGGUUCUCAUGACUACUUUGUAUCCUACCUUUAUCCAGCCGCUGUUCAACAAGCUGUCUCCCCUCGAAGACGGCGAGCUCAAGACAAAGGUCAAUGAAUUGGCUGCUCGGUUCAACUUCCCCUUGCACGAGCUGUACGUCAUUGACGGCAGCAAGCGCAGCGCUCACUCCAAUGCCUUCUUCUACGGUCUGCCUUGGAAGAAGCACAUUGUCAUCUACGAUACUCUGCUGGAAAAGUCCGAAACUGACGAGGUUCUCUCUAUCCUGGCCCACGAGCUCGGCCACUGGAAGUUGGGUCACACCACAAGCCUCUUUGGCAUCUCUCAGGCCCACCUCCUCUAUGUCUUCAGCCUCUUCUCCGUCUUCAUCAACAACCGCUCCCUGUACUCCUCAUUCGGCUUCCACAACGAGCACCCAAUCAUCAUCGGCUUCCUUCUCUUCUCCGACGCUCUGUCUCCCAUGGAUACCGUUAUCCAGUUCCUCCUCCACAUGGUCACCCGCGCAUUCGAGUUCCAGGCCGAUGCCUUCGCCAAGGGUCUCGGUAUGCAAACUGAGCUGGCCAGGUCGCUUCUCAAGCUGCAAAUCCAGAACCUCAGCUCCAUGGAUGCCGACUGGAUGUACGCGAGCUAUCAUUUCUCGCACCCCCACCUCUCAGAACGCCUCAAGGCCCUGAACUGGAAGGGAGAGCAGGCCGUUACUAGUGAGAAGGAUGAGGACGGCGUCGUCAAAGCCAGUGGCCGCGAUGAGUUGUAA